AUGCACUCCCGUAAAUCUCUUCAAUGUGGUAUCAGACCCCAUAGGAGCCCCAACGAAGGCAGUUUGUUUCCUGCUUUUACACUGGACCGAGAGCGUGCCGCUCUCAUCGACGGCCACCAACUGGAGGGGGCAGGGGUUGGGCAAGCCACCACUAAAUCGAUUGUGCUUGGAGGCGAAUGGGGACAGGCUGUGGUCUCCACCCCUACACUUUGUCAUCUUGUGCGCCCGUCAAAAAGCACACAUGGCCGCCUGCGUGGAGCUUGCCCGCGCUUCACUCUGAUCCUCCGACCCGGGAGACGCGUACCUAGCGGUGCCACGCCCCGUUGCAGGCCGUACCACGCUCACCCUACUCGAAACCCACUGUUGUGCGCCUCAGCACGGGCAGGAUACAGGAUACGUCCGGGCCUGUUGCGAGGCAUCCGUGAGUCUUAUGCCCGCGGUGGAUACUUGUGCAUUCCGAACCACGCCCUUGCCCUCCUGCUAGACGCGCUCACCCAUCGACGACGCGCACCCACCCGUCGCUCUGACGCCCCGCUCCCACCCUCACCCCCUCGCCCUUCGCCCUCUGCGAAGCAGGUCCUCCCACGGCGCUGCCUUGAAGUGUGA